AUGGAGAAUGACCAGUUGACCGCUUAUCUUCAAGCCCUGGAGUUCAAGCUCCAGCAGGGUGAAGUAUGGAAGCCUGAGUCUUAUGGCUACCAAUUUAUCUGCCUUAAUAACAAGGGAGAAUAUUGGCCUGGAAAGCCUGGAAAUCCUGUUCUGUUCAAGUUGACUGCCCAGGUGCCUAACUGA